AUGACCGGAACACACAAGCCCAUGCGCCUACCGCCUCUCAAGGCCCUCCGCGUCCACAACCCCAAGCGCGUGCCCGAAAACCCCUGCAUCGCCAUCAUGUCGAGCGUCCUCUCCUGCUGGGCCUCUGCGGGCUUCAAUGCCGCUGGCUGCGUCGCCGUCGAGAACCAAUUGCGCCGGUGCAUGGACGGCCCUGCCGUGGGCGCAACGAAGCCGAAUAACAUUAACCACCACUUGGGCCGUAUGCAGAAAUACGUCACGAGUCAACCGAAGAUGCGAUAA